GGUGGGGGUACGAAGCUGGAGCUCCUGAGAGCUUUAAAAUGCUUUAAAAUACCUUGCGGCGCCGCAUCGACAUCGUGACAUGCUCACUCUUGAUCCAAUUGCUUUUUUGUCUACUUGAUUCAGCUUCCGAGCCGACGUUUAGCGACCCGAACACUUCAGCAUCGCCUCGAGGCGCAUCCUAAAAGUCUUUAGACUCAGCCUUGCGACUCACGAUACCUGGGCGCCUGCAUUCUUUCUUAUAAAGCGAAAACCCCCCUGCAUCGAAACUGCAGUUUCCACCCCAAUUGCAAGCCUGUUUGCUUUCCCCAACCAUGUUCAAGUCACAAGUUAUGCGUCACGUCGCGCGUGCGACCAGGGCCCAAGUUCCGCGAGCAGCGGUCCGACCAGCACGACCAGCGGUUGCCUCGAUCCGACACUUUACCUCUGCCCCCAGCCGCUUUGACAAGAGCACCGAGGACGAGCACAACGCUUACACAACGGCGGCCGAGCCUGGAGAAAGUGGUGACCAUGAGGGCCAGUUUGCACGAACAAAUCAAGACAUCAAAGUAGAGUACCCCGAGGAGAAGGAUCUCCCUCCUUCGCAGCCAGUGCAGGGCAGAGGAGGUAUCCAUGCUAAGAGGACCCUGGCCUCGUUCUCCCUCGAGGGCAAGACGGCCGUCGUCACUGGCGGAGCUCGAGGUCUGGGUUUGGUCAUGGCGCAGGCCCUGGUCACCUCGGGAGCUGAUGUUGCAAUUGUCGACAUGAACAGGGAAGAAGCACAGCGGUCAGCAGAAGGGUUGAUUGAACUCUUCCAGAAGGAAAAUGAAGGGACAGACAAGCUUCCCAAAGUCACUGCCCACUUCUGCGAUGUUUCCAGCCCCACGUCAGUCAACCAGUCAUUCGCCGAGAUCCUCAGACUCCACGACAAGGUCGACAACCUCGUCACCUCCGCUGGCUUUACGGAGAACUACGAUGCCAUCUCCUACCCACACGACCGCAUGCAGAAGCUAUGGGGGGUCAACGUUGAUGGUACCUAUCUAUAUGCCGUGACCGUGGCGAAGCACCUCAUGGAGAGGAAGGCACCGGGAAGCAUCGUCAUGAUUGGUAGCAUGUCUGGCGCUAUUGUGAAUGUUCCACAGCCACAGGCCCCGUACAACGCGGCCAAGGCUGCCGUCCGCCAUCUAGCAUCCAGUUUGGCGGUCGAGUGGGCACACGCAGGUAUCCGCGUGAACUGCAUCUCCCCUGGCUACAUGCUUACGGCACUGACAAAGAAGAUCCUUGACGAUAACCCAGACCUUCAGAAGCAGUGGACUUCUCUGAUUCCCGUCGGUAAAAUGGGACGUCCCGAGGAUUUGAUGGGUGCCGUUACCUUCCUCUCUAGCGACGCUAGUCUCUACGUCAAUGGCGCGGAUCUGAGAGUAGACGGAGCGUAUACUUGUACGUAAGUCAUGACAAGGUUCAGGAUCAAGAAUGGGAAUAGACGGCGGCGAAGAGGGUGAGCAGGCGCGUGCGAAUAUAGAUCCAACGUUGCUGCACUCGUAGAGAAUUCACAAAAAGUGGCUUUAGUGUCCCCUCGUAAUUAAUUGCUUGUAAACGUAUCCACG